CGAUAAGGAUUUUCCAACGAUGGUAUCCACUUUUCACCGAUAAGAUCGAUGAUUCCCUGAUGCUUCAAACAUUAAACUCGUCUCCCUUCCAAAUCAUCAUCAUCUACAAUUAUCAAUCAUGGAUCCUGGACGUAAAGCUAUGAUUUCAGGGCGACGGUCCCCUAGCCGACGAGAUGUAACAUCUCCCAGACAUGAUCCAACCAACCGAGUCACCAAGUCCACCAAACCAACUGGUUCCAAGAUCAACCCCAAGUACUUGACCCAAGACGAGCAAUCGCGACAAUUUGUUGCCGACGAGGACAAGUUCGUACUGAAGCAGUCCAAGAAGAAGGCGGAUAUUCGAAUUCGAGAAGGCCGCGCGAAGCCUAUCGACUACCUGGCAUUCAACCUAAGAUAUAUCGAUACAGACCGCGAUAUCUUCGACGACGACGACGCUGAUAUCGAAAUCGAUGUUCCCGCACCUGGAGAUGUUAUUGCCUCGCUUGAUGCAGAGCAAAUUGCCGAGUUGGAAUCUGAUAUCGCCUCCUAUCACGUGCUCGAAACCAAUGCGACCAACCGAGAAUAUUGGAGAGCGCUUCAGACCAUCUGUAAAGAUAGGAAGGCGAAAUUAGAUCCGCACGGCCAUGAGAGAAGGGUUGUAAGCAGUGUUUCAGACGACAUCGACAAGAUUCUCGCCCCCAAGACGCACGAUCAGCUGGAGGCUCUAGAAAAGCAGAUCAAAGCUAAGCUACAAUCUAACGAGGAUAUCGACACGGAUUACUGGGAACAGUUGCUGCGAAGCCUUCGAGUGUGGAAAGCUCGUGCCAAGCUGAACCAAAUAUACGAGACAAUCAAGGAGACUCGCCUCAACCAACUCAAGGAGCGCGAUCCAACCAAGGUCAAGACAUUGGGCCAGUCGACUUCUGCCCCCAAGGUGACAUUUGGUUCUCAGCCAGUUGCAUCAGCUGCAGAUGAAAAGGUGACUCCUGCACCUGUUUCAUCCUCGAGACAUGCGGGCUCAUCAGCCCCACCAGGGACUGAACGCUUUUCUCAGGCCGACAACGUGGACUUUUCACAGGCAACCAAAGCACUGUAUGAUCGAGAGGUUGCUAGAGGUGUUGACGAGAACGAGGAGAUCUUUACCAGCGAAGAGGCCGUUACCACUUCUAAGCCUCAAUGGGCAGAUAAAUACAGACCCCGAAAGCCACACUAUUUCAAUCGCGUCCAAAUGGGUUACGACUGGAACAAGUAUAAUCAGACUCAUUACGACCACGACAAUCCACCACCCAAGGUUGUUCAAGGUUACAAGUUCAACAUAUUCUAUCCUGAGCUCAUCGACAAGACAAAGGCACCAACCUUCAAGAUCAUUCGAGAACACGGCCGCAGACGCGGGGAAUCGUUUGCUGCUGCUGGUGAGGAGGACACGUGCCUAAUACGGUUCAUGGCAGGCCCCCCAUACGAGGAUAUUGCGUUCCGCAUUGUUGAUCGAGAGUGGGAUUAUAGCGCCAAGAAGGAUCGAGGCUUCAAGAGCUCCUUCGACAAGGUACGUUCAUCUGGACCUCUCCGCUUCACUUCAUGAGGCAGGGCCACUCUGCCUCUGCAUUAGCCGCCCUGAGUUCGUAUUGCGACGAUAGCUUUGGCCAUUGGGUGGACUGCACUUUAUGCAGCCCAGACCAGUCUAUGUUGGUGACAGCCGUUUUGGCCCAUGCUUUCAGACGCCAUCGCCCCUCCAUUACAAGCUCAUGAACCCACAAAGCUAACCGUGCAUACUAAACAGGGUAUCUUGCAGUUGCAUUUUCAGUUCAAAAAGGUAUGACUUCGAAACCAUAUCUGUUGGUCCAGCCUGUUCGAUCAGACUAACACGUUUCUCCAGAUCUACUACCGGAAGUAGUUC